AGCCCCUCCUCCUCGCCCUCUUCUGUCGAUUGUUGUUGGUGGAUUUGUGACGCGGGGCUUUUCCGCUUCUUCGUUCUUCUUCUCGCGGUGUUCUCGGAAUCUCGGCUUCUCUGGAUUGCUGUCCAUCUCUGCUUCUCGAUUUGGUUAGUAUAUGCGUACUAGUUCUGGGGGUUGCGCGGACGAUCGUCGCGUCCGGCAGCACUGAUGAUGAUUCUGGGGCAUGGCAUCCGUCUCUUCUCUUCACGAAAUCUUGCUGCCCCUUAGGGAGUGAUGCCACUGUUGUUCGCUUCGCUCGUCUUGCCCGCGGCUCCGAUCUGUUCAGCCUAGGGGAGGGGAAUUCGGUCCAUGCUGUGCUUCCCAGGAGCCAUCCAAGGAUGCUUCUUCUGUGCUGUCUUGAAUUCUCGACCGUUUCAAGAGUGAAUGCUGCUACUGGGAUUGUGGCCGGGAGUACUGGUCUUAUUUAGAUUGCUGUCUUAUCCUAGGUAGCAGCCUUUAAGCACCAAUCUGGCAGCGAUUCAUUUACCUUUAAGCACCAAUCUGGCAGCGAUUCAUUUAGCUCAUCUGUGCUCAUUCCUUAGUUUUGCUGUGCAAAUGGAAAUUUCCAACAACUUUGCGUGCAUCUGAAAUGUCGGCAGUACCAUUUGUGGCCAUAGGCAAAGUUACCUGGAUCCUUCGCAGGCAUGGGCUAGGAAUGGCACCAGUUUGUCCCAUGUUCCCAUGGGUGGAAGUGGAACGGGGAUAACAUUCUCUUAGUUUAAAAUACUGGUACCACCUACAAAUGAACGGGGAUAACAUUUUCUCAGUUUAAAAUCCGACAGAUUUCCCCCUUUUUUUUACCUGAUAUAAGUGCAUGUAUUCAUUGAUUGGAAAACAGAAAAAAUGCAAACACGUUACUUCUUCAGUCACGCAUUAAAUUAGUCAUUUUGCGCAGCUGGAAACUGAUAGCUUUAUUUUCUGUUUAUUACUCGAUGGAACUGAUCGCUCAGGGAUAAUGACAAUCACCUCAGGCUUCCAUGUGCCCGUCCCUGCUAUGUUUGUUUUGUGGAUCCCAGAUACUUAAUAGUAUUAAAUUGAGUGGCCUCAUUUGUUACAUCGCUGGACAUUGACAAGUGCAUUUUUGGUCGCGAGUUUGCGGCGUCUUGCUUCAACCCUCAGGUGUUGAUCAAUGUGGGGUAGUGCUUUGUGUUGUCCAUUCUUCUUGUCUAUGUUUCAGUUCAUUCCCAGUUCAUUGAAUCCAGUUCCCUGACCUACCUAACAGCUCUAGAGCUGUAGUUGCUGUGUCUUUUGCACUUGGACUUGUCAGUUGUGAUAAGCAAGUCCCAACCUGUUCAUAAUGUAAAGAAUUGAUUGUUCUACAAGGUCUGAUCAGCUUCACUGUCAUCAGUUUCUAAAUGUCCCCAAUAUACAUGUAUAUUUUAUUUACUUUUCUGACAAGACUGCUCACAAAGCAUAAAAUUUAUUUGUCGCUGACCCUCUCUUAUGUUAAUCCUGAUAUAUUUACUCUAAAAUCAGAAUGCACAUGCUAUCUCUUUUUCAGAAGUCUUCUUAAAGUAGUAUGUUUCCUUUUAGGAAGAGAAAGGGUCACUGUCGUUCAAUGCUUUUAUGCUACUAUUUUUUCGGAUAACAGAUUAUUGCUUCUCAUGGGCUUCAUGACAGCGAUGCUGAUAAGUGAUAAGAUCACAGUGAAAUGAUUCCUUGCCUCUUCUUGGUAGCUAUUAUGUGACAUUUUUCUGGUCCCUGGCAUUUUGCAUCUGAAUUCUAGUCCUGCUGCUUGCCAUCCUUAUUUCUAGGACAAGGCUGCUCUUUUCUCAGACAAAUUAUUAGUAAUUGCCAUGUUCUAUAGAGCUGGCAAGAUGGACUCUGUUGGCUAGAGCAUUGCAUAUAUUUAUUUUGUUUAUAUAGGUCUGCAUAUCAGAGGAGAUUUUCGUUUAUUUUGGUUUAGAUGAAGAGAAAGGCGCAGUCAGGAAAAUCCCGCUCAUGGUGGUGGGACAGUCAUAUUAGUUCACAAAAUUCUAAGUGGCUCUCUGAGAAUCUAGAAGAAAUGGAAAAGCAGGUGAAACAAAUGCUGGGGCUCAUUGGUGAAGGAGAGUUCUCUGCAGAAAAAGCUGAGGCAUUUUACGAGAAGCGGCCUUUACUUAUUACUCAUGUGGAGAACUUCUAUCGCAUGUAUCGUGCUCUUGCUGCGCGAUAUGACAGUGUAACUGGAGAACUGCGCAAAAACAUUCCAUCAUCUCUUCAAUCAUAUGGCUCUUUUGGUGUCUCUGAAUCAGAUUCUGAGACACAAUGUUCCUCAUCUCCAGAGUACGACAUGCAAGAAAAUAUGCCACAGCAAAAGCAAAAGCCUGGACCAGAUUUCCUUGAUAUUUCCAUUGGCUCUGGCGUUAGCUCUGAUGUAUCAAAGAAGGGUAGUGAAAGGUCUUCAUCAUCUUCAGAUUCUGAUUCAGAGCUUGAUGAGGCCAAAGAGGAAAAUGGCAGUAUUUUUUAUGCCCUGAGCCAAAAAAUUAAUGAGCUAGAAGAAGAGCUUCAAGAAGCAAGGGGAAAGCUUGAUGCUUUAGAGGAAAAGCAUGCACAUUGCCAGAGUGAUUUGAGUACCAACUCAAAAGUUGCUGAACAUGAAGAAAAACUGCAUAUUUCAGAUGUGGAAUCCAACAACCUUCAGAAGGAUCCAGAAGAAAGGGAUUCUGCUUUAGAGAGCUCAACAGAAGUCAACAGCGAAAAGGAAACAUUGGAAGCUGCGCUGUUUGAGCGCAAAAAUGAGAUUGAAAUGCUGAAAGGUGCAAUGGCCUCAGCUGCUAAGCAGUUUGAGGUUGAAUUGGCACAUCGUGAUCUUGAAAUUGAUAAGUGCAAGGAUGAGCUUGGAGUACUCUCAGAGAAGUAUUUGCAUGAUAAGUCUACUCUCGAGGAUGAGCUUACAAAGCUCCAUGCAGUCAUCAAGAAUAUGGAAGGUGACCUAGAAAAAAAUUCACAGGAGAAAUUGCAGCUCAAGUCUCGGAUUAAAGAACUUGAGCAGGCAGCUCACAGCUUAGAAUAUUCAGCUUCCGAGAUAGUUAGGCUGCAAGAAAUAAUAAGGAAUAAACAAGAAGGAUUAGAAAAGGUUGCAGAGGAGAAAGAAGUGCUCAAAGAACGUGCUAACGAAUUUGAACAACUUUUAAGGGCCCUUGAGGUCUCAGGUACAGAGGCUGCAAAGCUACCAGAAACUAUCAAGAACCUGGAAGCCCAGCUAGAAAGAGCCUUAGAAGAGAAAUCAGUACUUGAAGACCAGAUGAAGCAGCUGGAGCAGGUUAUGUCUGAAUCUUUGGAGAAACAUUCACAUGAGCAGUCCUCUCUUACUGCAGAUCUUUUGAAGUUAUCUGAGGCAAACGCUUCUCUUGAAAACAAAUUGUCCGCUGUGGCAGCAGAGCUUAUGCAAGUUUAUGCUGACAAGGAAGAAGAAUCUCUUGAAAAUGAGAAGCGGAUUUCUGUCCUCAAUCAAGAUAUUGCUGAUCUCAGGAGAAAGCUUGAAUUAUUGUCAUCUGAGAAAGCCACAGUUGAUGAUGAGUUGGCCAAACUGCUAGCUGAUAUUACGACUCGUGACGAAAAGAUGAAGCAGAUGGAUGACCACUUAACUCAGCUUCAGUUUGAGCAUGCCAAGCUGAUGGCAGAGUUUGACACUGCACACAGGUCCUUGUCAGAGCUGCGGACUCAGGUUUCUGAGCUGGAAGAAGAGGUAGAGAAGCAGAAGCUUGUGAUAUCCGAGAGUGCAGAGGGAAAGCGGGAGGCCAUCAGGCAGCUCUGCUUCUCCAUUGAACACUACCGCAGCGGGUAUCAGGAGCUGAGGCAGCUGUUGCAAGGCCACAGGCCGGUUGUGAUGGCAACCUGAUAAAUGAACAAUGCCGGUUUGCCAAUGAAUUGCACAGUUGCUUGUCUCUGGGUCUGUUCUAUUUUUAGCCUUGUUCUUUCGCAACUUGUGCCGUGAAGCCUGUUAUUAAGAAUUCUGUGGUACCUGUGUAGAAUGUAAUGGGAUGGGAUAUUCAUGUUGUUCCUUUAUGCUCCUAUGGCUUUUGUUCUUGUUGUCAACUGUUGAAUGUUAUGGAUGUUAUGAUAUGCUUGAGCCUUCAUCUUUUUCA